CGAGCUGGCGCACAUUUCCAUGGCUUCCCUCGUUCCUUGUCCGCAUCCCCUCACUCCCUGCCUGUUGCCUGAUCCACUGUCCUGGCUGCCGUCGGUUUGUAGUUGUUCUCUCUUCCUCCACCAGCCCUCAUGUCGCUCAAGGGCCUCGUGCGACUGGCGAGUCGACACUUGGGGAAAAUCGCGCGCGAAGUCAAGUAUGAGGCCAAGAAGGAUUGGGAUGCGCUCACUACUGUCCCUCUGGCCGAUCUACGGGACCCCGAGCUGUUGGGUCGGAUCAUGUUCCGCAUACGCCUCGGGCUCAGGGCCUAUUUAAAUUCGUUCAAUGCGGAGGAGAUCCUCAAGCGGCAUUCCUUCGAGCACCCAUCUGGCCGGGUAAUCAUCUCUAUCACGCCCAUCGUCCGGCAGCCCGCGAAGACGGUCACCGAGGCACUUGCCCAAGCCGAGGUCGCGCAGCUGGAGGAGAAGCUCCGCCAGGAUGGCGAGCAUCUUGGAGAAGCCGAGCGCGUGAAGCUGUCCCAGCAGCUGGACGACCUCCGCCAGAGCCUGCGCGACGAUCCGACCCCCGACAAGAAGCCCCUAUCACAGGUUCUGCGCGAAACUCUGACCGAGUUCUCCGCCGGCUAUGCAGACGGCGUGCAGGGCCGCGACCCGGCCGAAAGUUUGGCCUCGGUCAUGAAGACAUCGGACGCUCGGGCCACGGUGGGCCGUCUUCUCCAGAAACUGAAAGCCCUCCGUGACCAGGACAUGUCGUCCUUGACGGGAGAUGAGCGCGGCGCCCUGGAGGCUGGGGAUGCACUGAGCGAGGCGGAUCGCCAGUUGGCGGAGCUGCACGCGGAGCGUGCCCUCCUCCUUCAGCCUUUCCCCCCUGAGCGGGACAGCCUCUCCAACCAGGAUAUCGUUCACCUCCUGGGCGGGAUGUUCCCGCAGGACGCGGUUCAGGCCUAUGACCCCAUCACCGAUCGGGUGACCCUGACCAAGGAACAGGAGUGCGAACGCGCUGCCCGGGCCACGCGCCUUGUCCGGGUGGAGGCCGCCAUCGCCGCGGCCGAGGCCGAGCGCAAACAGGCCGAGGAAAAGCUGCGUGACCUGAGCGAGCGCCUGGAUCACAAGGACUGACAUCACAUGACACACAUGGGCCUGCGUUGAACACCGUCACCGGUAGCAUUUGUUCCCCGGCCCCGGCCCCGGCUCCGCCCGCUCCGCGUCCCCUUCUUGUGGGACGUCUCCCUCGCUCUUGAGCCUCGGGGCGUAUUUUUGCCGGCCAGCCUUUCCCGGCGCCGCCUCGACCCGGCCAGCCCCCUCGGUCUGCGGCGUUGUGUUCGGGCUCCCGUGAGCCAGGGCUGUUCCCGAAAAAUAGAGGUUGUCCGCUUUUUCAUCGGCCUUCGCUGGUCCGUCCCGCUUGGGAAUGCGGG